CCGACAAGAUGGCGGCGGCGGUGCUAGGGGUUGCGAGAAGGUUGCGGCUGGUGGCAGCAGCACCGAGUCUCGCUUUUACUCGUUCUGCAUUUGUCGCAAAAAGACGUAAUUAUGACCAACCAAACUGGUUUGGAGUAGCCUUGGCUUUUGGCACCAGCGCUGCCCUGUGGGCUUUUCUUUUCAAGCAGCAUGAGGACGAUGUAAGGGAAUAUGAAAGAAGAAAAGCAGAGAGACAUCAUAAGUGUACAGAUUGCUCAUAGUAAGUAUGUACAUACAGAUG